AUGGUUAGCGGAAAUUUACACGAUGGUUAUGUAAUUUUUCAUUAUAUCUCAUGUAAAAGUGCACUAACUCUAGCAUUUCCUUUAUGUGCAUGAUUUCUCACUGAAUUUUAAUUACAUAUUUUUUUCUGUGCGGUUGUUGAGCCCGGCUCGUCGAAUCAGACCUUCCAGAGCGAUGUUGAAGAGUAGGCAUGAAAGUCGAUCACCUUGUCCCAGUCCCCGGCGAGACUCGAAUGAACUGUAGAGUUCACCCUAAGACGUUACGCAGUUUUGCACACCGUCCAUCGUUGCUUUAAUCAGUCUAUUCAACUUCCCAGGAAAGCCGUUUUCGCCCAAGAUUCUCCAUAGCUCUGUGCGGUCGAUACUGUCGUAUGUCGCCUUAAAGUCGAUAAACAGGUGAUGCGUUUGGACCUGAUAUUCACGGCAUUUCUGCAGGAUUUGCCGUACGGUGAAGAUCUGGUCCGUUGUCGACCGGCCGUCCAUGAAGCCGGCUUGAUAACUUCCCACGAACUCAUUCGUUUUAGGUGACAGACGACGGAAGAUAAUCUGGGAUAGCACUUUGUAGUCAGCAUUCAAGAUGUUUAUCACUCUAAAGUUCUCACAUUCCCAAUGAUCGCCUUUCUUGUGAAUGGGAAAGGUUACCCCUUCCUUCCACUCCUCCGGUAGCUGUUCGGUUUCCCAGAUCCUGACUAUCAACCGGUGCAGAUAGGUGGCCAAUUUUUCUGAGCCCAUCUUGAUGAGUUCUGCUGCAAUACUAUCCUUACCAGCUGCUUUGUUGGUUUUAGAUGGUGAAGGGCAUCCUUAACUUCCCUCAGCGUGAGAGUUGGUUCAUUUCCGUCCUCCGCUGCACCGGUGUCGUCGUUUCCACUGUUGUUGUGGUCCCCCGUGCCUACGUUUUCCACGCCAUUCAGGUGCUGAUCGUAGUGCUGCAUCCACCUUUCAGUCACCUUACAUCCGUCAGUCAAGAGGCCUUCAUUCUUAUCCCUGCAUGUUUCGGCUUGCAGCAUGAAGCCGUUGCGGGAUACGUUGAGUUCUGAUAGAACUUUCGUGUUUCUUGGGAACGGCAUAGCAGUUCCAUUUCUUCGCACUCCGCUUCUUCCAGGCGACGCUUUUUCUCCCGAAAGAGGCGGGUCUGCUGUUUCCGCGAUAAGAACUCCAGCAGUCCUCUAGAGGGGCCACAUCAAGGUCGCCCUCGUCUGGCAUCGCGGCUUCGAGAUUUUGCGCGUAUGCUGAGGCGACAUCCGUAUGUUUUAGUCUCUCUAGGUUGUACCGUGGCGGUCGCCGGUAUCGUACAUUGUUGAUGACGGAGAGUUUUGGGCGCAGUUUAACCAUCACUAGCUCGGAAUGUUGGCGCCACGAAAGGUCCUGACACGUCGAUAAUGUCGGAGAAGUCAACAUAUUACAAACUACAGUCGAGUCUCCUAUUAGACGCUACCACCCACUUUACGCCCACGACAUUAACUCAGCUGUCUUGCAUCCAAACCAGCUGUUUUUUUUUUUAGCGAAGUUAGUGCUUACUAUAGAGUCAUCACAUACAAAAAUGAAUUAAAUUGGUUAGAAGACGGCCUGGAAGACGCGAUGGACGUAAAGUGGGUUGCAGCGUCUAAUAGGAGACCCGACUGUACAUAUUUAGAAAAAAACACAUUUAAGAGUUGUCACAAACAAUAAAUUCCUAUGGAGUGUUUUCCUCUCAUUUUCUCACUAAAUUGAUACUAAAACAUGUUGCGUUUAGAUAAAAAGUGCUAUUUUGAAUUAUUGUGUUAUCUAAAAUGCAAUGCAAGACUAUCUGCAGAAUGUCAGAGACAUUUGAACAAAAUGCAGUUAUAUUUUCCAUCACCCCUCUAUAUGCUUGCCGCGGGAGGUUACAUUCGGUCACGAUGAAUGGCAAGGUGGAAAUCGGUAGUAAGUAGUACGUCAACACGUGACUCAGUGAUCAACCUUUGCAUUGUCGUCUCGGAUGGAGCACGCUUAAUAACGGGCAUAAUGGGAGCCAAUCGAGCUUGGUACGAUGGUGACGACGACGAGAACGACGAGUAUUGUGCGGGAACACAAAGACCAAUCGAAUAAGUCGUCUUGGCAGGUAAUUGAUCAUUCCGAUCCGACUGUUGAUUGAUCAAGAAGGAACAAUUUAUUCAAUGAUCUGCAAUUGAACUUGUCACCCGUGAAACCUUGCAAUUAAAGGAUGCACGCUUCAGUGGUCAUAUCAUUUGCAUAUCGCGGUGACAAAUAGCGGAAUGUGCAGGUAUUUACUUUGAGCUUUACGUUGUCGUAAGUUAUGUGGAUUGCCCCUUGGGUUGUUGGAAGAUGUUGACAUUCGUUAGAGAAGCUAUUGUCAAGGACGAGUGUUACAGGUCACCGUAAAUACAAGUUAGAUUUCCUGCUAGCUAGGGACUUGGCUAUGAUUGUGCUGCAACACACCGCUUCAAUUAGUUAGCAAUCCAUCCAUUCACAUUUCCUUAAUGACAUCACAAAAAAUCCCAGCUUUAUACUCAUUUGAAUAUCUAUAUUACUCCAAAUAAUUGAGUAUGGUCAUGCAACUGGGAAAGUGAAAUUACCUACAAGUGAUCUUAUCGACUUCGACCAGACCACGUAAAAAGCAAUACGAACUUGGGAGACAUCACGGUGUAAUGUGACACAUCAGCUUCCGGUGGGCGGAGAUGAGCUAUUCAGAUGAAAUUUUAGUUUUCCUCUUAUAAAUUACACGGUUGAACAUUGGGAUGAGCUUAGUAUACUGGAAAAAGUGCACUGUUGGAGAUUUAGUUUGUGCUGGAGGAGUACCUAUAACAGAGAACUUGGUAUAAUCCUGUGAUGACCAAAGCUUUUGCAAUUUUGGUGAUUUUUGUGGUUGUUAAAAGUCACCAUUAUGGGAACGCAGAGCAGAGUAUUUUGGAGCAGGCAAAAUUGGCCGUCAUUGGAGCAGUUGCAAAAGCCAAGGAAAUUGCUGACCGAGGUGUUAACGUGAAAUCAGAACGCCAGCAGUCAUAUGACAUUUUCGGCUUGAAGUUCGGCACCAGCAAUGGCAUAGACACGGGAUUUGGCGAUGCGGCUACCGAAAAGAAUCACGAAAAAAUCGAAGACGAUUUGUACCGGCGUAGGAAACGCUCGUUGGCCGUUCUGGAUGCACUGAGGGCGGCUGGGCUGUUCAGUACAAAUUCCGCUUCCGGGACCAACGUGAACAUUGUGAAGAUUAACAGCGUUUCCAAUGUGAACAAUUAUGGGCCGACGACUACUACGGAGGCUACGACCGAGGGUGCAAGGCGAAGGAGAAGGUUGAUUGGAGACAAUCGGAAACCGAUCGUUUAUGGGGAGCUGGAAGAAAAGGUGUCGUACGCUAGUAGUGAUAUCGAGAUGGAUAGGAAUGGCAAGUUUCAGUCACAUACGAAAGGUGGAACAAAGUCUAAUCAUUUAGUACAAAUGGAGCAGAACGAAGUUGACGAUCCAAUUGUGCGAAACCGAAGAUCUCUUGAUGAAAAGGAAACUCAAGAAAGAGAAAUACUAGGCAAUUUGAUACAAGACGACACUGAUCAAAUUUUCGGUACUUCAAGGAUAAAAAGAGCUUUGAUCUUGAGCAAAUUUGAAAACAAGAUUUCAUACUUCCAAAGCGAUUCUGAAGCUAAGCCGGAUGGGUCGACGAAAACUCACACCUUCUCCGGAUCUCGAGAGUCAAAAAUGAGCAAAAUUUUCGAUGAUCCCGAUUUCAAGGGUACACACAGAGCAAAGCGUUCUCCACAAGAGAUGGACCCAGCUGCCAUUACAACCGAAAUGCCUGUUCAAAACAGUACUGGAGGACCCCCGAUGGGACCUCCUCCUGGCGAAGGUGGAAGUGAUGGAGGAGGACGUACAGAUGGUCCCGGUGGUUCAGGAGGCCCUGGAGGAGCAGGAGGUCCUGGUGGCCCUGGAGGACCUGGAGGGCAAGGAGGUCGUGGAGGACAUGGAGGCCCUGGAGGGCCAGGAGGGCAUGGAAGAGGGAAAGGAAAAAGACCCCCUUGCCCACCCCCACCUUCUGACGGAAGCGGUAAUGAAGAAACUUCAGGUGACCAACGUCGGAAACGUGAAGCUAACGGCGACAAUCAGAGUGAUUCAAGUUUUUAUAGCGAUUCGUUGAGCAGCGAAGAAGAAUCACGUAGAAAGAGACGGGCGAUUGAUGCCAACGCAGACGAUGCGAACGGAAUGGGGAGUGAUUCCAGUUUCUAUAGCGGUUCGUUGAGUAGUGAAUCGAGCGGUUCGUCGAGUGAGGAGGACGAGAGCACGGAUCCGAACACUGGAGCUGAGGAGACACAAGAUGGGGAAGAUGGCUCGCACCGGGUUAGACGUUCACCUUGCAAAGGCGGAAGUAGACCAACCACGAUCGCUCCAAGUACUAUGGGGAGAAGAAAGCGUGAAAUUGAGUCGCAAUCAGAAGAGGUCGAAGGAGCAAAUGAAAAGGUGGAUCGUGAAUUAUCGUUUUUCUCAGAUGUUAUGGAAAAGUUUUUUAAAGCUGUAAAAAGAGUAGCAGAUACGGCCAAGCAGGUGUUCAACGGAGGAAGGCGUGAUGUUGAAGGUGGCAAUCCUGAUGCAGAAAGGAUCUAGCGUAGUGGAAGUGAAAGUGAAUUGAAAAAAAAAACGUCGGUUGAACUAUAUCUAAACAAGAAGUUUUUUAAUGUCAGUUUUAAAAUACAGUACAACUUCUAUUGCC